AGUAAUUAACAGACAUUAUAUGCAAUAAUACCCUCCUAACAAAACAAUUUAAACAAGAAACGAUCUGAAAAUUUCCUUUCGGCUUCCUUCAAUAUAAAAGUGAAAUUUUUGUUGAAAAAAAAAUGGACAGUGGGGAUGACAGAACGUCGGAUGAUUUAAUUCAAGAAAUAGAUGGGGAACAACGAUGUUUAGAAUACAAAAACAAUUGCACGGGAUUCAAACAACAUGCAUGGAGAAUUGUUUGCGAUAAUUGUAAAUGUGAACGCGAAUGUCACGAUAUCCAUCACAAUGACUUUGUCAACGUCCGAGAUAGAACAGGCCUGCAGAAUCAACUACAAUCGAACGAAUCGUCGUUUAAACGAAAUUCCACGGAAGAGAGAUACGCCUGGAUACCACCAAAUUUAUCUAGAGAUAAAAUCCAAGAAUACUUCGUUCAGAUCCCUUCUCAAAAAGUGCCUCUGCUCGGAACUCCCGGAGAAAAACAUCGGGAGAAACAACUCAUUAUUCAAUUACCCAAGCAAGAUUUUUCUCCGCGUUAUUGCAAAUUUUUAGAAAAGGAAUAUCUACAGCACUAUGCAGAUUUCGUAAACGAACGACAGAGGACUGCAUACGAUAUUGCCUAUGUCAAAAACAUUUCGGAGCAGACAUCCGAAUGUUAUCAAUGCAGAGGAAAUAUGAUCCCUGGAAAUAUAGCAGUUGUUGUUCCUAGAUUAGGUGAGAGAUAUCCAUUCCAUCCGGCUUGUUUCGUUUGCUCUAUUUGUAAAGAGUUGCUGGUGGAUUUGAAUUGCUGCAUAAAGAAUGAAAAGAUAUAUUGCGAACGUCAUUAUGCUGAACAGAUCCGAUCCCGAUGUGCAGCCUGCGACGAGUUAAUCUUUACCGAAGAAUACAUUAGAGCCAUGUCUAAAGAUUGGCACACAACUCACUUCUGCUGCUGGAAAUGUAACGAUCUUCUGAGAGGACAACAAUACUUAUUGCGUGAUGAGCAUCCAUAUUGCGUUCUUUGCUACGAGAUAUUGUUCUCCAACACUUGUAACGAGUGUGGACGCUCCAUAAGUGUAGACUCGAUGGAUCUUUUCUACAAGAAUAAACAUUGGCACGAUUCAUGCUUUCUAUGCAGCAAGUGCCGUGAUUCACUGAUAUACAAACCUUUCGGUUUCAAAACUGAUAAAGUUUAUUGCGCAAGUUGUUACGAUGCCGCUUUCGCUACUAAAUGCGAUGUAUGUGGAGAAAUAUUUCGUACAGGUACUAAGAAGAUAGAAUAUAACGGCAAACAAUGGCACGAAAAAUGUUUCUGUUGCAUCGUCUGCACAAAUUCAAUUGGAACCAAAAGCUUCAUUCACAAGGAUAAUGAUAUUUAUUGCAUCACAUGCUACGAGCAGAAGUUUUUUACUCGUUGCAUUAAAUGUAACCAAGUAAUAACUACGGAUGGUGUCACAUAUGGCAACGAACCGUGGCAUCGGGAAUGUUUCUGUUGCCCAAAUUGCCAAAGGUGUCUAAAUGGAGAACUUUUUACUUCCAAAUUCGAAAAGCCAUACUGUGCCAAAUGUUUCGGAGAAUUAUUUACCAAGAUUUGCCACGCUUGCAACAUACCUAUUACGGGCAUUGGAGGAACACGCUUUGUAUCUUUUGAAGAUCGAAGUUGGCACACCGAUUGUUUUCUGUGCGACAUGUGUAAGAAAUCGCUAGUUGGAAUAGGAUUCAUCAGCGAUGGAUCCGACAUCUUAUGUCCAGAAUGCACCAGAAAAAAGUUGUCCCUAUGAAUUAAUUGGGUUAAUUAUACGACAAACAAUUUAACAAAAGUUAUACAAAAAUAAAAAAAAAAAAUCAGCUGAAUGAUAUUUGGAAGAAAUAUUAGAAA